AGUCAUACUGGUUUUGAAUGACAUGAGGGUAAAUAAAAGAUGAUUUAACUUUCAUUUUUGUGUGAACUAUCACUUUAAGAAUGUUGGUUAGACCUAUGCAUGUUGCAAUUCCUUAUUAAACCUUCCUUGAUCUUUAAUGACAUUAAAUUAAGUAAAUUAUGUAAGCUUAAGUUUCUGAAAUGUCUGUUAAAUUUCUGUUAAACUUUCAUUUUCUCAUGAAGACCCUCCCCUUGUGAUAAGCUAUAUAAUGUGCACAGAAACAGGUGUAUUAUUACAUUCACCUCCUAAUGAAAGAUGGAUCUGCAAAUCUCAGUUUUUCUUCUCUUCAUUCUUUUCACUGCAGGACACUCUCUCAGCUGUUAUGAGUGUAAGGGUCUGACAGGUUCUUGUGCAGAUCAGAAGUUAAAAACAUGUCCUAGUGGAUCUUCUCAGUGCUCGAGUACAACAGCUGUGGCACAAGUUGGUGACAUUAGUACUAAAGUGAAGGUUAAAGAUUGUGCUCCUGCCUGUCAAAGUGGGUCCCUGAACAUAGGCACUUUAAAGAUGACUAUUUCCUGCUGUAACACAGACCAGUGUAACCUCCAAGAUGCUCCAGAUCCCUCUAAUGUCCCCAAUGGAAAGAUAUGUUACACCUGUGAUGUUCAGAGCUGCUCAAACAUUUUGAACUGUUUAGGGACUGAAGACCGCUGCAUUACAGUAACAGGCCAGUCAACUGUUUUAAAAGGCUGUGCAUCUAAAUCUAUUUGUGAUGCCAGAACAUCAGUUGCUGCUAAUGCGAGCAUCUCAUGUUGUGAGGGGAACCUGUGUAACGGUGAUCAGAGUGUCACCCAGAGCUCCACAUAUAACAGUGAUCAGAAUGUCACCCAGAGCUCCACAUAUAACAGUGAUCAGAGUGUCACCCAGAGAUCCACAUAUAACAGUGAUCAGAGUGUCACCCAGAGCUCCACAUAUAACAGUGAUCAGAGUGUCACCCAGAGCUCCACAUAUAACGGUGCUCAGAGUGUCUCUCAGAGCUUCCUGUUCCUCUGCUGUUCUCUGCUCUCCUACUUCCUGCUGCACUGAAUCCAGCAGCUCUUCACAUCCUACAAUCAGACAUAUCAAAUCAUCUAUCAGAAGAAAAUAUUAGGCUUUCUUUAAGCCUUUGUCUUUGAUAACAGUGAGCAAGAUUUCAUGUGUACAGAGUCUAGAA